AUGAGUCAAUGGUCUAUAGAAGAACAAAUUCCCUCUCAACGUCAAGGUGUAUCGACAAGAUCCAAUGAAGUCUCUACGUAUAAUUCGAAUGGACCUCUCUCAGUUGAUCAAAAUAACGAAAUACCGGCAGUAUCAAGCAAACUAUUAAAAUCUUGUACAUUUGUAUCACCAUUGUUGCACGGUUUAUUACUAGGAUCAAAAUGUUUAAAUCCAGCAAUGUUUACUUCACCAACUCAUGUCGAAAUAAAAGGUCUUCAUAUUGGUUGUUUACCUAGUGAGUCAUUAUUAGCAUCAACAUUUGAAUGUUUUUAUGAUAGUAAUUGUAUUGAUCUUAUUCGAAAUCAUAUGUUUGGAAAUAAAAAUCGAACACUUGCAUUACCUCUUAAUGAUAGUGAUGUAUUUAAUUCAAACUACAAUCCAAAUACAACAAUUAAUAAUAUUGCUAGUGAACUGUUCAUCGAAGAUUGGUCUAUGAAAGCACACUACGAUCGUUAUUUCACUGAAUGUACAUCAAUCAAUUGUUUCUAUUCAUAUACGGAACGUGCUAAUCCAUUCUAUGUAGCAACUACAUUACUUGGCUUGUACGGUGGAUUAACAGUUGUAUUACGUUGGUGGUCACCACGUCUUGUCAAACUCGGUCGGCAAGUGCAAAUCUAUUAUAUGAGAAAAUGUCGAAAUAAUAUUAUACCUGUCACAACAUGA